GAAUACCAGGCACACCGACAACCAUUGCCCUGGAGCCGAGUUUAAACGAGAUACAAUACAAGACGGGACAGGAAUUAAUUUUCACUCCUGUGUCAACAUCUAUGACACACUACACCAACCUACUGUCAACUUCAAGGCAGUCACUUCAUGAAACAGAGUAUGAUAUAGAAAUAGAGUAAUCACAUCAGUGUAUAAGAGAUCCAGGUCCUAACCUUCCAGACAUUGUCAUGUGAGAGCAGUAGAGUAGAGGUGGUGUGCUGCAGUAGAGACAGCUUCUGUUUCAGAGAAUCCUCUCGCCGCAGAGCCUCCUAUGGAAAGAGAUGCACCAUAAUACAAUAUUUGUUCCGCAAUACAAACCCAGGCCUGAAAUAUGAGUGGUAUCGGCUUUGAAGUAGAAGAGACAAAUACACUUAUCCACAACAAAUAACACAGAAAAUACAUUGGCGGAUACAACAGUUGUGUGAACAAGGUGUUUAAGGAUGUACAGGACUAACAGUCCCUAUGGCUUUGACUCUAGCAGUUACACAGGAUCUGUCCAGUCCAUCCAGUCCAAUGGCUAUUCAGUGGAUGAUCGGUCAUCACAGAUAUCAAAUCUGUCCAGACCAAGUGCCAAGUCAAUAUAUAUGCAGAGGAAGGAGUAUGCAGACUCUAUCACCAAGAUUAUGGACAAAUUCCAUUACAGAGUAGAGCAUCUGUUCACCUGUGACCUGGAUGGUGGGGAGGUGUGUGAUGUGAAUGACUGUGUUGAGAGGCUGAAUAUACUGGAUGGGAUGGGUAGGGUGUGGGGGCAGGACAUGGUCCUGGAGGUGCGGGAUGGGAACCUGCUGCUAACAGACAUCGAGACCAAGGAGGAGCUGGAGUCCCUGCCUCUGAGCAGCAUUGUGGAGCUGAAGGCUGUGAUGGACAGCUGUGUGUACAACUCCCUGCUGACCGCGACCGUCAAGGACUGCAGCAAGAGGACCACCAGUGUCUUCAUGUUCCAGUGUGAGGACCUCCGGGCCGAUUUCAUAAAACGGGACCUAGAGAGAGCACUCCCUCACCAGAGAGAUGACUUUAGCAAUCACAGCAACAACAGCAGGGUCAAUCUAGAAGUUAUGUCUGGCCAUCAAAUUGUUAGGAAUCAUCAGAAAACUGGCCCACCCCCUGAGCAGAGAGGAUGGACUCCUCCAGAAGAACCCUCAGCUCAAUGGAGCGCACCGGACUAUGAUGAAGAUCCUACACCUACACCUACACCUACACCGCCCAUGCCCAGAGAAGAGCCCUCUCCUCACAGGAAGGAAACCUCAGUCCAACCCCUCUUUAUGGAGGACAAGCCCGAGACAACCCCUGUCUCACAUCCACGCCCAUACGCAGAGACUGAUAGGAAUGUGGACAUCUUGAAUCAUAUUUUCAAUGAUAUUGAGAUGUUUAUGGGCCAAGUCGCUGCUAUAGCAGCCAAAGCCGAGAUGAAAAAAAAGAAAAAAAAGAAGAAGAACAAGGAUAAAGGCAUUGACGGCAUGCCACCAGCAGAGGAGUUUAAAACCUGUCUCCACAAAAUCAAAUACGGGUUCAACCUUCUGGGGGAGCUCAAUGGAAAGAUUAAUAAUCCCAGCGCUCCGGAAUUCGUCCACUGCCUCUUCUCCACCCUGGCAUUUGUGGUAUCCCACUGUCCCGAGGAGCUGCCCCCCACCAUCGUGGCGCCCCUGCUGGAGCCUGAGUGUAUCCGUCUGCUGAGUGAGGAAGCCACCCCUGAGGAGGACCAGCUGUGGCAGUCACUGGGAGACGCCUGGAACAUCCCCAGUACAAAAUGGCCCGAGGAUGAUGAGGACAUCCCUACCUACACUCUGGAGUUUUACGAUGGUUGGCAGCCCCCAGAGGUGACCCACUCUCCCCCAGGGAGAGAGCCAGAGAAGAGAGAACCUGAGAGGAGGCAGCAGAGUCAGAUUCCAUUCUCCACCCCUGAAAAGAGUUCGGCCCAAUGGAAGCCUUCACCAUCACGUCCAGAUGAGCCAAACUCCAGUUACAUGCGUGUGAUGUAUGACUUCACUGCAAGGAACAACAGAGAGCUGAGCAUCUCCAAGGGAGAAGUGGUUCAGCUACUGGACAUGUCCAAGAAAUGGUGGAAAGUAAGGAGCGACAGAGGGGAGCAGGGCUUUGUGCCCAACAACAUACUGGAGUCAGUGGACAAGGAUCAGGAAAAGCAGGGAACCAGUGGUCCUCCCUCCCUAACCAAGAGGUCCAAGCCUGACCAAGUGAAGGCCUGGCUAGAGCACAAGGGCUUCAGUAAAAUCACGGUGCACUGUCUGGGUGUGCUGAGUGGCUCCAUGCUCUUGGGGAUGACAAGAGAGGAGCUGAAGAUUGUGUGUCCUGAGGAGGGGGGGCGGGUCUUCUUCCAGCUCCAGAACAUCAAGUCUGCCAUGGCUCUUGCCAGUGAGGUAAGGCCCAUAGAGCCUUAGGACGGGAGAAGACAAGAUGACCAGAGAGUCACAGACGAGUCAGGACAUGAAGUUUCAACCCUUGAGCUUCAAAUUUCCGCUGUGCAGUAGAGAAAAUAGUGAUUAUAUCCACUGAAAACAAAGUAAGCAGAGUUUAGUUAGAUGUAGGGCGGACGUAUCAAAGCUCUAGUGUUAGUUACAUUUAGUAAAAAAUACUAUUAGUGCAUUUGAUAAGAUCCAAUACUUAAAGACAGAUUCUCUCUAUAUAUAUUCUGUAUCAACUGUUUUAACUGAAAUAUGUUUAGCAUAUGUAUUGUAUCAAACCAGUGUUGAUGCCACUUGAUUCUAUGAUUGAUCUUGAUUAAUUUAUUCAAGUCACCAUUUAUACAUGUAGAAAUGUACGUUAAGUGUUAUAAUACUUUAUGUAUCUUGUUUUUGAUGUAUCUGAAAUGUAAUCAAUUGAUAUACAAUUUAUUUUGGUAGUGAUAUGUAUGGACAUGUAAGUCCGUGUGUAUCUCUGUAAACUAAUCAUGUAUCUCAAGGUUGGCUCUGUCUAUCCAUAUAAAUCACUUGUAUUAUUUGACUUAAGUAAAUUAGCUGAAUGACACCAGCCAACAACUGAAUGAAUGAUGUAGGACACAACACGUUCGAUGAAUAAACAUGCUUUAUUUCA